AUGUCUCUCAGUGACCGGCUGCAGAACCUCCGGUUGAAGAACAUCGACGCUUCGGACGAAGAAAAUGUAGCCACGGCGCUCCCACAAAACACGGGAGCGCAACUAGCAGAUGCUGCCUGGCUGUCAAACGAUGACGAUGGGUUAGACACGGCAAGCAAAUCGGGUCCUAAGCAAACCUCCCCCGCGUGCGAUCUAGCUUUAAGCCGGAUCUAUCGCUACACCCCCAUUCCUACCCUCAUCCUCGACCAGGAUCUAUGCGUCGUGGAAGUGUCCGACAGCCAUUGUACAUUGUCGGGUCAAUGUCGGGAUGUCGUCCUCGGUACUUGCGCGUGUGACCUUCCGGCUCAUACUAUACCUGCUCCAGACACCCUUUCUCUAUAUGGCGCUAUCAGUGCAGCGACCUCUUCGAAGGAGAUCCAAAUUAUGGAGGGAAUACGCGUCCAAGGCACGAACUCGACUUAUCAGCUCCGUGUAACACCAAUAUUUGAAAACUCCGAAUUGAUCUAUGUUAUAUUGGAAGCUCAGAAUAUCUCAAGGGAUCACUGGGAAGCUUUCGACGAACAUCACGCAUAUGUGAACGAAACGUACAAGAUUCUGGUCAAUACGGUUCAAGAUUAUGCCAUUUUUAUGCUCGAUACUCAGGGCAAUAUCGCCACCUGGAAUCGCGGCGCUGAGGUACUGAAGGGUUACUCUCCCUCGGAAAUCAUUGGGAAACAUUUCUCAAUCUUCUACAGUCCAGAUGAUCGUGCUGCAGAUAAGCCAGCCAAAGGUCUGGCUUUGGCUUUACAAAAGGGACGGAUAGAAGCCGAGGGCUGGCGGUAUCGAAAAGACGGUGCUCGUUUUUGGGCCAACGUGAUGAUUACCCCAAUCUAUCAGUUUGGCCGCCAUGUUGGAUUUGUCAAAGUGACGCGUGAUUUGACAGAACGAAAGGCGGCCGAGACCCGCAUGAUUGCCGCCUAUGAGGAGUCGUCUAAGAUGAAGACAGAUUUCCUAGCGAAUAUGAGUCAUGAAAUACGGACCCCUAUGAACGGCAUGCAACUCGCUCUGGCAAUGCUAAAGGACACCGAUCUGAGCGAUCAGCAGCUGGAGUUUGCUUCGAUUAUCGAUGACUCAACAACGACUUUGCUUCAGAUUAUUAAUGAUGUACUCGAUUACUCGAAGCUCUCCUCUGGGUCAUUCUCACUGAACUCGGACGUCCUGGAUAUCAAGAAUGUUAUUACUGCUGUGAUGCGUAACUGCAGGUCUCUCUUGAAGCCAGAAGUCGAGUUAAACUUAUCAAUCCCAGCGGAUUUUCCUCAAGCCGUGCGUGGUGAUCCUCUGCGAUACCGUCAGGUCGUCCAGAAUAUGCUGGGAAACGCAGUGAAGUUUACAGAAUCCGGAUACGUCCGAAUAUCUGUAGCAUUCGAGCCCGAUGAACUCGACCCUCAAGGAUACAUAGUCAGGACUGAAUUCGAAGACUCGGGCCUUGGAGUUCCCUGUCAUGCUCUCAACACCCUUUUUACGCCAUUCACGCGCUUUGCUGACUCCACAUCUAAAAUGUACCAAGGGACAGGCCUUGGUCUGUCUAUUUGCAAAAGUCUGGCGGAGCUAAUGGACGGCAUGGUGGGCUAUCGGCCCGGCCCUAGUGGCAAGGGCAGCGUGUUCUGGUUUACCGCCCGGAUGGGCCGCAUCGACUUGGCGAGAAUGAGCAAGAAGCCUGCCGCAUCUCCAACCCACGCGGUGACAGAAAUUAAGCGCAAGAUCCGGGAGAUUGCAUUACACAAGCACAUCUUACUAGUUGAGGACAACCUGGUCAACAACACGAUCAUGCUCAAACUUCUCCACACCCUAGGGUUUGAGCGCGUCGAUGUAGCCUGGGAUGGUGCAGAAGCUGUCCGGCUAGUGAAGCAAAAACCCUUGACAUAUAACAUAAUACUUAUGGACAUCAGCAUGCCAGUCAUGGAUGGUUUGGAAGCCACAUCACGGAUUCGAGAAGUGGACAUUGACGUGCCUAUUGUCGCACUCACGGCGAAUGCGCUAAAGGGCGACAGCGAGACAUAUCUUGCUCGGGGAAUGAAUGACUAUAUCGCAAAACCUGUCCACCGUGACCAGUUGGUAUGCAUGCUGUGGAAGUGGAUGGGAACAUGA